CCGGCGGAGCGCUAUAACCCUCGACCGGUGCCGCCGCCGGACACGUGCCGAAGCCGGUGAACGGUCGAGUCCUCCGACGCGCGCGUUUGCCGACGGUCAUCCCGGGACGAACGCGAUCGUUUUCGCCGCAGCCAACGCCGCCGAUGCGCACGGGCAGCCGGUCGCCCGCGUUCCGCGAGUGCCGUCGAUCGUCCGACCAAGGUAAGAUCACCCGAGCACCCGCGCCCGACACGUCGUACCCGUGCGACGCGAGAAAGGCCGAAAUCGCAUCGGCGACGAACACGUCCGAUUUCACGGUUUUUUUUUUUUUUUUUUUUUUUUGACGGGACCCGGAAAACGACGGCACCCGAUCGAAUCGGGUUUCGCGUUCCGCCGUGACAGAAAUACCUACAGGGGGGCGGUCAAAACAAUACGAACACCGUGGAAUAUAGUUUUAUGCUGUUCGCACUGUGCCACUGAAGCGAUUGGCGGAUAUUUUGGCAGAAGAACGGGACGAAAUUCCGCUGGAAACUAUUCAGGUCCUUUACGAAUCUAUUCCGCGAAACUGUUUUGAGAGCAAACGGUGACCCAACACCUUAUCAGUGCUGUAAAAAGAUAAUCGAUAGAAUAGUUAUCUAGAUCAAGAUAAAAGAUACAUAAUAAUUUAAUUAUCUAGACAAAGACAAAAAAUCAACGUUUACUGUCCAGAUAAAAAUUUUGUUCAAUAUGUACCAGCCUAUCUAUUUAUCACAAACCUAAGGAGCUGUUGGAAGAACAACGGAAUAAAUAAAAUAUGUGAAUUCGUUGAAAAUGGUUAACUAAUAACUUCGUCGCCACAACAGCCGUCAUCGUCGUCGUCAAGGAAAAUUCGACCGCGGAUCGCACACGGGCCCACCCUGUCUCCACCGAGAUGGAGGCCCAAACAGUCGACGACAACCUGUUGCGGAACUGCACGGCCAUGGUGCUGUCGGCGGAGUUCGAGCGGUCACCAAAGGAGCUGGAACGUUACAACGCCACCGCGCUCCUGGCGAUCCUGGGCGAGACGCUGCGGGCGGCCGGGCUGACCAUGUCCAAGCGCACGAUGGCCAAGGACCGUUUGCACGACUGCGUGUACCCGAUGCCGGAGCCGUCGCACAACAUAUCCACGUGGCACAAGCUCGUCUGGUCGACCGUCUUUAGCGCCAUGCUAAUCGUGGCCAUCGCCGGCAACUCGAUCGUCAUAUGGAUUGUAACAGCUCAUAGACGUAUGCGAACGGUAACCAACUGUUACAUGGUUAGUCUGAGCAUCUCGGAUCUUCUGAUGGCUUCGCUUAACUGCGUACCGAACUUAAUAUACAUGCUCAAUUCCGAUUGGGCGUUUGGUCUGGAAUUGUGUAUGGCGUCAAACUUCAUUGCUUACUGUACGGUCGCUACGUCUGUGUUUACAUUGGUCGCAAUCACCCUCAACAGGUACAUGGCCAUUGUCCAUCCGUUGCGGCACAGACGGUCGAGGACGAGAACAAGAACGGUGCUCGUGUUCACCUGGCUUAUCAGUGUUUUUCUAGCCAUGCCGUGCAUUCUGUACUCCGACAUAAAAACAAAAAGGUACAUGAACGGUGAGCUGAGAAGGGUGUGCUACAUUCUCUGGCCGGACGGAAGGUACCCGAAUUCAAAAACCGAAUACAUUUACAACAUAUUGUUCCUUUGCGUCACUUACAUCAUACCCCUGGCAGUGAUGGCUGUGUGCUACACAAUCAUGGGCAGAGAGCUGUGGGGCGGCAAAGCCAUCGGACAGAUGACACAGAGACACAUGGAGUCGAUUAAAUCGAAAAGAAAAGUGGUCAGAAUGUUCGCCGUCGUCGUAACGAUUUUCUUGAUCUGUUGGUUGCCUUAUCACUCGUAUUUCGUAUACGCAUACCACAACAAGGACAUAGUGGUCAAGGCGUACGUACAAGAUCUUUUCCUGAGCUUCUAUUGGUUGGCGAUGUCCAACUCGAUGGUGAACCCGAUAAUCUAUUACUGGAUGAACCCGAGGUUCAGAGCGUAUUUCAAAUUGAUCAUAUGCUAUUGCGGCGGCCUGAGGAACUCCGACAAGGAGUCCAUAGAUCUGAAUGUGAUUCGGAUGAACGGCGAGUCCCACUACUACUUGACCCGGUCCAAAUCAGGUCCAGUGUCGUUGGCAGUCCAACACUUACGGCGCCAACCAGACACCCGAGUGUUAUGUCUGCCCAGGGACUACAACGAGGUGGUACGGUAUCCGCGGGCAGCAACACGAGAUGAUCAAACGGAGACGGAGCCGAUCAAUAGAAUUUCUAGGCUCCAGAGGCUACGGAAGACUAGAAAUCUUACUACGAAGACACUUAUCUAAUGGCACCGAUGAUGACGACUUUGACG